AUGGCGGCGGUGAUGGCGGCGCCCGUGGCCGCGCUCCGGGCCUGGUCGGAGGCGGUGGCGCGGGCGGAGACGGCGGCACGGGCGGCUCUGGCAGCCACGUCCCCGCUGUUGGACUCGCUGGCCGCGCUGGCGGCGCAGAUGCGGGCGGCGCAGCGGCUGCCAUGGGACGCGACGGCGCUGGGCGCCUUCCCGGAGCUGCGGGCGCGGCUGUGGCGGAAGCAGCGCGGCGCGGCCGAGGCGCUGCUGGAGCAGCUCGGCCAGCGGCGGGAGGAGCUGCGGGCCGUGCGGGACGCCGUGGGGGCCGCGGGCAGCGCCGUGCUGCGGCUCGUGGAGGAGCGGGGCCCGGCCGAGCUGGGGCUGGCCGCGGUGCUGAGGCGGGGGCCGCGCUGCCCCUCGCUGGCCGAUGUGUUGGAGGGGCUGCAGGACGUGGAACGCUACUACCGGCACCUGUACUUGGAGAUCAAACUGCUCCUGCAGCGCCUCAGCUUGGACAGCCUGGCAGACGUGGAAGCCCUGCCGCAGUCAUGGGAGAGGAUUUUGGAGCGUUACAAAGAAGAUGAGGUUGCUCAAGAUACACUCCUGAAGGUCUCACUGUUUGUGGAGAACCAUCACGAGGUGAGCUGCUCACCUGGCUCCUGACAGGCAGCAGGGACUGGCACUGCCUAGCUUCUGGAACAUUCUGUGAUGCUGCAAAGGGGAUGAGGAACUGAGGGAGCUCUCCUGGUGCUUUUUGGAAGCUGAAUGAGUUGAGUCUUCGCCUCAGCAUGAAAUGCUUGGACUGUACCAUUUUCAAGUGGAAAUGGCCUUGGUCUCUGAAGAGGCUGAGCCAAAAAAGCCAUGAAGAUAGAAGGGAGUCACCUCCAGCUGUGGAACUUGUCCUUUCCUCCUUCUGCCAUGCCUGUUUUGUGUCAUGGCAAAAAUGUUCAUACUUACAUGAGGUGCUGCAGGUGUGUGAGUGUAACAGAGUCCUUCAGGCUGCAGCCAUGAAAGAUAUUUGUCCUUACAAAUAAAGAAAACUUGUCAGAUUAGAGUUUAGAAACAGUGCUCACCUCGUGUCUUUGAGCAGUGUGUUUGCACUCAUCCCACCUGGGCAUGGAGGAGCAAGGAAGCAAAUCUGAAUUCACUCUUAAAAUUUCACUGUCUGGUAGCCACUGCUGACAGUUCA